AUGCCAGUUGUCAAAGAACUCAUGAAACAAAUUUGUGAAAAGUACAAGAAACAAGCCAAGAGUGGUACUGAAGAAUUUAAAUUUGGUAAGAUCAAGAUUUUCUUCAAGGUUGCUGAUAAUCAAAGACUUCAAAAUGGAAUUACCGAACACAAAGCGACUAUUGCCAAGAAGGAUAGUGUUAUCACUGAGUUUAACAAAAACAUUGAAAAUAAGGAAGGCGAAAUUUCCGACUUGAAGAAGAAGCUUGAAGCCGAAAAAGACAAUUCAAAGGAUCUCGAGACACAAUUGCACGAGAAGGAAAACAUCAUUGCUGAUUUGGAGAAACAAGUCAAGAAGUUGCAAAACACCAUUUCUGAUGUCAACGCACAGAAUGAAGACACUGGCGCUGUUUUGAAUGAUACUAAAGACGAUCUUGCCAAUACUAAGAAUGAUUUGAAAAAGACUCAAUUGGCUCUUGAUAAUACCGAGAAGAAACUCGACCAACAAGUUGCUCAAAACAAGAAGGUUUCAGACGAGAGAGAUGGGUAUAACCAACAAUUGCAAGCAGGGAAGACCAAGACUGCUGCUUUGACCUCAGCCAAGAAUGCAAGUGACAAGAAGAUUUCUGCUUUGAACUCGGAGAAAGACGAAUUAGAAGAUAAGAACAGAAAACUUGAUUCUUCCAAUAAAGAUGCUCAGAGAAAAAUUGCUGAGUUGACAAAGAGAAUUGAAGAUGGACUUAAUGACUCUGAUAUGUUGAAAGCACAGAAGGCCGACUACGAAGCUCAAAUCCAAGCGUUGAAAGAUGACAUGGAGAAGACUGAAAAAAUUUGGCUGCUUGAAUUUGAUGCUGAGGACACGAAUAGAAAGAAAGAUGCUCAAGAAAAGCAAUUGUCUCAAUUGAAGGCUGACAAUGACAAUUUGACUAAGGCCAAAUCUGUUGUCGAUGCCAAAUUAGAAGACGCUGAAAGAGAAAAAGCUGCUCUUAACGAAGAAGUUGAAGCCGCAAAUGAGAAGUUGAGAAUUGCUAAAACCGACUUGGGAAGAACCAAAGCCGAACUUGACCAACUCCAACAGAACUUUGACUAUUUCAAGAAGAAUGCCGACACCGAUGCUGCUGAUAAGAAGAAACUCAAUAAAACUGUUAAUGAGAGCAAUAAAAAGAUUGAGGAAUUGAUUGCUGAAGCCAAUGAAGAGUUUGAAACAGUCAAGAAAGACAAAUUUGCAAAAGAAAAGGAGGCAAAGAAAUUGAAAGCAGAAAACGACGAAAUUAAAGAGAAGGUGAAGAACUUGGCGAAUGACAAAGACCAACUUUCUUCUGAAAAGAAGAAGCUUCAAGACCAAUAUGACCAACUCAUUAACUUAGUUUAUGGACAUGAAGAUGAGACCAACAACUUGAAUGGUUCAAUCAAAAAGUUACAAAGAGACUUAGAAGCAAAUAACACUGAGUUGACUGAAUUGAGAGACAGAACAGCUAAAGACAAGAAGAAAAUAGCCGAUUUGGAACAACAAGUGCAAGACCUUAAAGAUAGACCAGUUGGGACUUCAAAUACUGAUCAAACUGAAGUCAUCAAGAGAGACAACCAAAUAGUUGAUUUGGAAAAGGCAGUUGCUGCGUUGAAAGAUCAGAACACACAACUUGAUGCUGCUAAGAAGGAUAUAAAGAAGCAAGCAGUUGAAGACGCUUCGAAGAUUGGGGAUUAUGAAUCACAAAUUAAGGCACUUGAAGCACAAAAGAAGAUGGCAUUGGACGACAAAACUGAUGAUGAAAAGACUGCAGCGGACCAAUUUAAUAGAAGAAAGAAUGUGGAAGACCAAGUUAAAGUACUCAAUGCACAAGUCUCAUCACUUAAAGUUUUAGUCACAAAUGACUUGACAUUCCAAGUUGAUCAACUCACUGAUGAGGAGAAGAAUGAAAAGGAUUUGGAGGAAAUGGACAAAAUGGUUAACGACUUGGAUGCUGAAGCCGACAAGGCACAGAAACAACUUGACACUGCAAAUGAUGACAAGGAUGGUAAUGAAGUGAUGAAACAGAAAUACCAAGACGAACUGAAGAGCUACAAGAAAGAUAUAGCUGAAAUCAUAGUCAGAGCUGAAACCCUUGAGAAGAACAUCCAGAUGGCUGAACAAGAGUAUGUCAAGACUAUGAGAGAUUAUAAAACCGCUUCUGAAGAAUAG